CAACAGGGAAGUAACCUCUGGCAAAUGUGCAACAGCAGCAGCAGCAGCAGCCGUGCCCAAGGCUCGCUGUGUGUGUGUGUGUGUAUAUAAGGUGUGUUUUUAGUCACCCAGCUGAUUUUUAGUCACCCAGCUUUGACUGCCAGGGGUAUCAUCUCGGACCUCUGCAAUAGUAGGUCCAUCGGGCAUACUGGAACAAAACCCUGUGGACCAUCAAAACCUCCGCAUACCUAUGUCAGAGAAAAUGACGAACAUCCCCCUCUCUCGCUCUGAGGUGUUUGGGGAGCUGAGGAAGGAGCUGCAUGAAGAUGAAGAGUUCCAUCAGUCCGACGCUCACAUCUUCAUCAUCAUGGGAGCCUCGGGGGAUCUGGCUAAGAAGAAAAUCUACCCAACUCUUUGGUGGCUGUUUAGAGACGGCCUCCUCCCCGAGCAGACGUAUUUUGUGGGCUUUGCUCGCUCUGACCUGACAGUUGAUGCCAUCCGGAGCGCAUGCUUGCCAUACCUUAAGGUGACGGACACAGAAGCAGAUCGGUUGUCAGCGUUCUUCAGCAGGAACACCUACAUCAGUGGGAAAUAUGCAGAUGAGGCUUCAUUCUCCAAGCUCAACACACACAUCCUGUCGCUGCCUGGAGGAACCGAGGCAAACCGUCUCUUCUACCUGGCUCUGCCACCCACUGUCUACCACGAUGUUACCAAGAACAUCAGGCACCACUGUAUGAGCCAAAAAGGCUGGAACAGGGUGAUUGUAGAGAAGCCGUUUGGACAUGACCUUCAGAGCUCUGAGGAGCUGACCGCUCACCUCUCCUCGCUCUUCACCGAGGAGCAGAUCUACCGUAUAGAUCACUAUCUGGGCAAAGAAAUGGUGCAGAACCUGAUGGUGCUCAGGUUUGGAAACCGCAUCUUUGGGCCGAUCUGGAACAGGGACAGCGUGGCCUGUGUUGUCCUCACCUUUAAAGAACCCUUUGGCACUCAGGGGCGAGGAGGAUACUUUGAUGAUUUUGGCAUCAUCCGCGAUGUCAUGCAGAACCACUUGCUCCAGAUGCUUUGUCUGGUUGCCAUGGAGAAACCAGCAUCCACCAGCUCUGACGAUGUCAGGGAUGAAAAGGUGAAAGUGCUGAAGUGCAUUGCUCCAGCGUCCAUGUCAGAUGUGGUGCUUGGCCAGUAUGUGGGGGAUCCAGAGGGUGAGGGAGAUGCCAAACUGGGUUACCUUGACGAUACUACUGUACCUAAAGGAUCGACUCAGGCCACCUUCGCCACAGUAGUGCUCUACGUGCACAACGAGCGCUGGGAUGGUGUUCCUUUCAUCCUCCGCUGUGGAAAAGCUUUGAAUGAGAGGAAGGCUGAGGUGCGGCUGCAGUUCACAGAUGUGCCUGGGGACAUUUUUGCGGAUCAGUGUCGCAGGAAUGAGCUGGUGGUGCGUGUGCAGCCGAACGAGGCCGUCUACGCCAAGAUGAUGAGCAAGAAACCCGGCGUGUACUUCAGCCCUGAGGAGACUGAGCUGGACCUCACCUACAAGAGUAGAUACAAGGAUGUGAAGCUUCCAGACGCUUAUGAACGUCUCAUCCUGGACGUCUUCUGUGGGAGUCAGAUGCACUUUGUACGCAGUGAUGAACUAAGGGAAGCAUGGAGGAUCUUCACACCCCUCCUUCAUCAUAUAGACAAGGAGAAGCCGAAACCGACUCUUUACAAAUAUGGAAGCCGUGGCCCAGUAGAAGCAGACGAUCUUGCAAAGAGAGUUGGAUUCCGCUACGAAGGCACAUACAAAUGGGUCAACCCUCACAGACUUUGAAUUGUGAUAAGAUGAGGGAGAAAUAUAGGAUUAGGAUAGUAGGCGGGGUGCAGCAGGGUAAGUGAGCCAUGUCAUGUUCCAAUAUUGGAGUGUCUUUGAGGGAAGGAGGUGUUUCCACCAUGUGGAUCCAUCACAGUAGCAGCAAAGAAGAAAGAAUCUAUUUUGAAAAAAAAAAUUGUAUUUCUCAGGUAAAAAUUAUUCCUUGGAGCUAAUUUAUCAGACGUUCAAAAAAAAGAGGGAUGACUUAAAGCUGUCAUCAUUAGUUUGUGACAGUUUUGGUGGUAGUUUGUUACAUAGCAGGCAUGGCAACUUUCCCUAUUUUAAAUUAAAGGUGGGACCAAGUCAGUUGGAGAGGGAACAAAUAAAUAAAAUCUGGGUUAAGGUACUUUUGUGAACAAAAUAAUGUCUGAUGAAGUGGCCCCAUGUCCCUGUCGCCAUUAAUUAGGUCAUGUAUUUGUCAGGAUGGUAAAUGGAAUAACUUGAGUAACAAGAGCAGGGCAACAACAAAACAUUCAGCUGAGUCAUGCUCACCCAGUGAAAGUACCAAAGAUGGUAACUGAACGCAGCGGAGGCGAGGGACAACAGGAAUGAUUGUCCACCAGCUGACACUCUUAUAACCAUUGCAUUUGUAAUACCAUUAUGCUUUGACUGCAUUUAUUAACCACACUUGGUGGAAUUUCUUUUUAUAACUUGUGUGCUCUGUUUGCCCCCACACUGCCUGGGACCAAGGACAUCACAGCCUGUUUAAUAUAAACAGAGUGUGGUUUACGAAGGCCAAUGCAGGCAGUCUCUCUUCAAAGCAUUCAUACUGGAAUAGUCUUAAGUGUCCUUAAGGACAAACAAAGCGAGCUCUCCGUCUUGUUUAGUAACCCCCCCCCCAUUCCUUUUUUGUUUACAUUAUUUCAUGAUUAUUUAAGUUGCUAAUGUCCAUUCCACAUGUCAAAUUUCCAGAUGAGCAGCGAUGUCUCUUCCACAGGUCAACACUGAAUGUCUUUGUAACGAUGUACUGUAUACUGCUGUUACCUGCACAUUUACAUGUAAAGCUAGCUAUAUUUCCACAACUUGUAAUAAACUAGUUCUGCUUCUCUGAA